AUGGCGGACUCCUUGACCGAAGAACAGGUCUCCGAAUUUAAGGAAGCUUUCUCUCUAUUUGACAAAGAUGGCGAUGGGCAAAUCACCACCAAAGAGCUGGGCACCGUGAUGAGAUCCCUCGGCCAAAAUCCUUCAGAAUCCGAACUUCAGGACAUGAUCAACGAGGUGGACGCAGACAACAAUGGCACCAUUGACUUCCCAGAAUUCCUCACGAUGAUGGCUCGAAAGAUGAAGGACACAGAUUCGGAGGAGGAAAUCCGAGAAGCAUUCAAGGUGUUCGAUCGCGACAACAAUGGCUUCAUUUCCGCCGCCGAACUGCGUCAUGUCAUGACUUCCAUUGGUGAAAAGCUCACGGAUGAUGAGGUGGAUGAGAUGAUCCGCGAGGCUGACCAAGACGGUGAUGGUCGCAUUGACUGUAAGCCAAACAUGUUCUCGUUUCUCGCGUUUCUCGUGUGCUACAUCAGAACUGAUCGGCGCAAAAAUACAGACAACGAAUUCGUGCAACUGAUGAUGCAGAAAUAA